CAGUGAUCACUUUCACAGUUGAAUUUGAAUCUCAUCUUGUUUGACCUCUGGGUCUCAUUUUACUAUGGAAGUGUGUCAGUAAAUAAGCUUAACCUUUUCCAGAUGGAGCUGAAUAAGGGAUGAUUUCACAGUGUUAGAAAGGAAAUUUGGAAUGAUUCUUCUAUUUUUUGUUUUUUUAAUAAAUUGUUGACAGUAUGUGCUUAUAGAUAAUUAACAAAUAAAUCUAGUUCCUAGGCAUGCUAUGUAGUAUUGUGAUGCUUCAAAAUUUGGUUGAGUUGAUCUCUUAAAACUAGCAGAGGAACCCAAUGGGAAAUUUGUUCGACGAUAAAGAAAAGGCGAGAAGGGGAAAAAGAAAAUAGAAAAAAAGCGUAAACCUGAAACCCGAACCAACCUGACCCCAAUUAUUGCUUUGGAUAUUAUGCUUUUCGGGUCGGGUCGAUUCAGGUUGGAACACAUUGCCUUAUGAUUCGGGUCGGGUUGGAUAACGUCAAAACCCGACCCCACCUGACCCAUUGACAGCCCUAGUCUGAUCGCCACAUAAAAGUUGGCCAUGCAGAAUAUCGAGAAAAUUGCAUUGCCUUUGAAGUGAAAGUUUUCUUUUUCACAGUGCGACUCUCCUCUGUGCCGUGCCAUUACUCUGCUUCACAGAAUCGAGCGCUGCAAGUAGCGUCUUCCUUCUCUCUUUUGUCGCUAGCGGUCCUUGAUGAGUUGGAUCUCCUUCGUCGUUCUUUGUCAUUCUGAUCUUGGCAAACUUUGAACUCCAUCGACGCCACUUUCAAUAUCACGAUUGCUUGCCUUUCAUCCGACUCUAGUGAGCUUUGAUGAGUGGAAGAUUGCCACCUGCCAAAGGAGUCGACGAAUAGAAGAAGUUCUUCUUCCUAGAACAGCCUAGCAAACUGAAGGUGACGGAGACCGGUGAGUGGAGGCAACGGACCACUGCCACCAACUGAAGCCAUGGAAACUGAUAACAUAGCUUCAAGUGACCGAUUCUCUCCUGAGAUCCUGGGUUUUAUGCAGCUUGCUAUAGAUCAGGCAAAGCUUGCGUUGGACAGCCUUGAAGUUCCAGUUGGCUGUGUGAUUGUUGAGGAUGGGAACGUUAUUGCAGCAGGAAGAAACCGGACUAACGAGACACCAAAUGCAACAAGACAUGCAGAGAUGGAAGCUCUUGAUGUUCUUAUUAUACAGUGGCAGAGGACUGGAUUUACAGCUGCAGAAGUUGCGGAGAAGUUUUCAGCAUGCUCCCUUUAUGUGACAUGUGAACCAUGCAUAAUGUGUGCAGCGGCAUUAUCGAUCAUUGGUAUAAAGGAAGUAUACUAUGGCUGUGCAAAUGAUAAAUUUGGAGGCUGUGGCUCAAUACUGUCAUUGCAUUCAAGUAGCUCUGAGGCAGGCAUUAGCAUUGGGAAUUGUGGAUCAAAGGGUUUCAAAUGUUGUGGAGGAAUAAUGGCAUCAGAAGCCGUCUCUCUUCUGCGAGAUUUUUAUGAACAAGGAAACCCUAAUGCUCCAAAGCCUCACAGGUCACGGGUUACUCAGGCUUAAAAUUAGAUCUACGUGCAUUGAUUCUUCCUGUUGAAUCUUCUCAUGCCUUUGCACUACUAGGAUUUCAUCAAGGGACCUGAUAAAGAAAGCUUGAUGCAUGUCCGGAUCAGUCUUUGCCCUGAUGUUCAUGUGUUUACUGACGGUUGCAGCAGUGAUCACAAGUCCAUUUAAUGCUUUAACCUGAUUAUCAUAUUGUAAGAUAAUUUGUGGUAAAUCCCUGUGUAGGCAUCACUUUUUUGAUGUUAAUUUUUGUCAUCAACCUAUUCUGUAAUAUUAUUUAUUUAUUUAUAUAUUAUAAGCUUUCGAACUC